UGUCCCUGAUCAUUCUCUUGAUAUAGACUUCAGCGAAUGUUCUGAACUCCCUACAGAAUCAUCGCAGCAAUUGCGGUCAGUAACCACCGAAAGAGGACUCCUAUAAGAGGACCUAAGAAGAACCCCCAAAUCAUGGCAACGUCAAACGUUUUUCGAACUCCCCUCAAAGCGAAGCUAAACCGACCUCACGACGUUGUAUUCCAUAACGGCCGCUAUGUCGUGGCGGAUACGUACAACAACCGUGUAGUUGCUAUCAAUCCAAGCAGCCAGAAUCCAGAAAAUCCAUUUUGGUCAAUUUUGUGCGGCCAGCAGAAUUUCCUUCCUUACGGCCUUCUUGCUCUGUCUGACAUCGAUGACCAUUUCCUUAUAACCGAUAUGGGUAAGGAGAGUGAAGGAUGCGUGUACGAAUUGAAAAAUGGGAAACUUACUCAAUGGGCCAAAGAUUAUACAGAAUUCACGAAUCCUACCGGUAUAGCAGAGCGAGAUGGAAAGGUGUAUGUUGCAGAUUGGGGAAAGAACUGUGUUCAUGUUUUCGACAUGAACGGGGACUUUACCAACAAAAUAGGAGGAGAUGAGUUAGUCAGUCCAUGGUUUCUUGCAUUCAACUCGAAGAAUCUCCUCUAUGUUGCCGAUUUCAAUGGCAUCCAUGUCUUUAAUCAAGAUGGAAAAUUUAAGGAGAGGCUAACAUUCCCGACGGCCAAGCUGACUUGGCAUUGCAGAGGUAUUGCCAUUGACAAAGAUGAUAACAUCUUCAUCACCGCUCGCUCCCAUGGAUCGUUUCUUUGCUUCACGACUGAGACAGUGACGGUGUUAGAUAAAGACCACAGACCGGCUGGAGAUGUCACUCGAGGAUGGUGGACUUUCAACUACUUGAGAGGACUUUGUGUCGAUAAGAAGAACAACAAAGUUGUAGUGGUUGAUGGCGAAUGGCACAGGAUACAAAUGCUCUCACUAGAUGAGCUUCUAGGUAAACGCGAGUAAUUCAGAAUCCCAUGAACUCACGUCACAAAUUACAGUUCAUUAAAAAAAGUCCCCAGAAAAAAAUAACCGAGAUAUUGAAUUUUAUCCACUGAAGGAAUCUUCAUGGUGCAUUUAAUAUUAGAUUACUACCUUACUAUAUCUGCUAGACUCAAGCCUGAUUAGGUGUUGCAAGAAACUUGCGAUCAAUUGCAAGUCAAUUUUUUGUCUCUAAAUCAAUCAUAUGUCUUGCAAUUGAUUGCAAAUUAGUGAUUGAUUGCUCAUUUUCUCCGUGAAAUAAGAAGUUUAAUUUGAUUUGCUACCGCUAACUUGGAACUAUCAGUUGUAAAAUUGCAGCAGAAUAUUUGCAAUUUGCAAGUAAUAUGCAAUACUAAUCUUCAAUUCAUUUCAUUUAUUUACAUCUCCAUCAUUUACAAUAUGUUUUGUUCCAUACAUCUUGAUACAUAAUAUAGCAAGGAAAAUGUAUAUUACAAUAAACAAGACAAGUGGUCGGAAAUCUGUAGGAAGCUGCUGAAAUGCGAAGCUUGUAGAGUGCAACCUCCUAAUAACAUAGUCGCAUAAACAGAAACAAGUAACUUCGUAAGUAAUUGAGGAUAAAUCUAGUUAAAAAUAAAGUUAAAAAAUAAAAGAGAAAAUGAAUGAAAGCAAGUUUAAAAGUCUUCAGAUUCCUGCCCUGGCACCUAAAGAGAAUCUGAACAAUCAACAGGAAACGAAAUACGUUCAUUAAACAGUGUUCGUAUCGUAAUGCUAUAUAAAAGAAAUUGAAAGAAUUUAAUGUUUGAGUGAUGAAGAGUUAAAUCAACUGACGAGUAUCUUGAAGAAACUUUUUAACUUGAAUUUAAAAAAAUUUAGGUUUGGGGAAUCUUUGAUGGUAAUAAUCUUAUAUACAUUGGAAACGUGUGAAACUGUGUGAAUCUUUGCGAUGUUACUCAAUGUCUUUCAAAUUGUAUGUUAUUAAUGAGCGAUUGCUAGGUAAUUGUUUUUGUAUCGACAUAAUUUUCAAACGUCCCUGUCAUCUCACGAAUGUUCAUAUGUAUAAAGUGUUAUGCUAUUUUUGUAAACAGAAUCCUCUAACAGGAGGCAAAAGACAAAGACACUUUUAGUCACUUCAGAACGAGGAGAAUGAAACUGAAUUGACCAUGAUUAAAGUUACACACAAGCACUCAUACCAGCUUUUAGUAUCAAAUAAUGAAAGGGUGAACAAAACAAUUUUAUCCUUUUUAGUUUGGUUUGUGGGUAAGUUCUUCGGGACUGGUCUAUAUAACAGAACUAAAAAUAAAGCAAAACAUGUCUUA